AUGUUCCGAAUAAAGGGGCUUCUGGAGUGCAUGGGUAGGCUAGAUCGUCGUUUGAUCGAUUUGAAGGCGAAAUAUCAGUUAGCCCGGACUAAUGGGGACCACGUGACUUUUGAAUUGCUGCGGCAGCAGAUCAGAGCCCGGGAGAAACAGCUUUUACCAAUUUAUACGCAAAUAGCUACGGAAUUUGCGGAACUGCCUGAUACGUCCCUGAGAAUGGCAGCAAAAGGGGUAAUAAGGGAGGUUGUGGAUUGGGGUAAUUCACGGUGUUUCUUCUACAAAAGAUUGCAUAGGAGGGUGGUUGAAGGGUUAUUGAUCAAGACCGUUAUUGAAGCUUCCGGAGACCAGUUAUCUUUCCAAUCCGCAAUUGACAUGAUCAAGAAGUGGUUUUUGGAUUCCGAGGUUGCAGAAGGUAGGGAAAAAGAUGCAUGGGAAGAUGAUGAAGUUUUCUUCACGUGGAAGGAUGAUCCAAAUAACUAUGGAGAGAAGUUACAGGAAUUGCGUGCAGAGCAAGUAAAGCUUCAACUGUCGAGUAUUGCCGAUUCGCCAUUGGAUUUACGAGCUCUACCCCAGAGUCUUGCUGCCCUUUUAAACAAGGUGGAACCAUCCAGUCGAGCCCAAUUGGUUGAUGAACUGCGGAAGGUGCUCAGUUGAUUGAACUGCUUAUAACUCACUGAUUUUAAAAUCCAGCAUUUUGACCUAUUUCGGUGAGGUGAAAUUUCGCUAGUAAGUGACGGAAUGGAGGGAGCUUUCCGAUGAGUUUCAUUGUCUUCGCAAAGUGUAAAUAUGGGUUAGCAUGAGUUGGUUUCAGAUUAUAGUCUUCAAUUGUUUCAGAGGAAAUCGACCAACUCGUUGGGCUUUUCAUGGAUUUUCUGAACGGUAGAUUGAUUCAUUGGUUAUACCAGUGUUCUUUUUGAAGUGUCUUCUGGUAAAACUACUUCAUGCUCUAUCUUUGAAUAAAACAUACAUGAAGCAUGAUUGUAUUAA